AUGCUCUCGGCACGGACAGACUACGGAGUCUGGUACGGUGAAAAUGAGGAGGUUGCUUUAAAUGUUAUCAUUGUGGAAGCGAAGAAGACGGAUUCAGAGUCGGGCGUGGCCCAAGCCCUAGGGUAUAUGGGCUAUAUACCGAGAGAAGAAGUGCAUCCCCAAGCAAGACUACAUACGGCAGUAAAAAUUCAAGAAACUCGCAAGGAAAUUUUCGAUCUCGACGAGUUGUUUGCUAGUUUAUCAUGCUAG